AUGUGGUUAUGCUUGAACAAUUUGAUAGCUAAAAGUUUGGAAACUACAAAUACCUGUUUUAAUCCAAAUGUAAAUUACAAGACUGGUAAAAAACUUGGUGUAUCUCGCAUUAAACGUUUUCGAGAUAUAGGACCAAACUCAUGCUACAUGGAAUGCCAUAGACACGGUAAUUGUCUCUCAUUAAAUUAUAAUUGGAGGCAACUUAUCUGCAAUUUACUAAGACAAAAGCCGACAGAGGGCAUGCUCCUGGAAGACGAUGAGGAUUUUAUCUAUAUGGAAAUUCCUGGUAUUACAGAUCAAAGCGAGAAGAAAUGUGGUGAAGUUACUUGCAACUACUAUUCAACUUGUAUACAUACAUUAUACAGCAGUGUAUGCAUUGAAACAGAAUGUACAGAGCGAAUUCCAGACUUGAAGAAUGGAAAACUAGUGACGCGUUUACGUUCUCCUCAUACAGCUAUAUUUGGAUGUAACCCCGGUUACACAGCUGUGGGUUCUGUAAAUACCAUUUACUGCGCACCGGGAGGAAAAUGGGGAUCCUUAUCUUAUAGCUGUAUGGAACCAAUCCAUGGAAGUUAUAGUCCAUGGGGAGGCUGGACAUCGUGUACAAAAUCUUGUGACACUGGGUCCUACACCAGGAGCAGAGCAUGUAACAACCCAGCACCAAAGUACGGAGGGAAUAACUGUCAGGGGAAUUCAACAGAAACUACGGACUGUAACAUACAAAAUUGCCCAAUUCAUGGAGGUUAUAGUGCUUGGGGAGGCUGGACAUCGUGUACAAAAUCCUGUGACACUGGGUCACGCACUAGGAGCAGAUCAUGUAACAACCCAGCACCAAUGAACGGAGGGAACAACUGUCAGGGGAAAUCAACAGAAACUGCGGACUGCAACAUUCAAGAUUGCUCGGGCUCGGGUAAGCUAUAA